AUGUUAGCGAACAACACGUCGCACAUACGGGAGACGUACCGGAAUGCAGGCAUGACGAUUGGCAGAGCAGCGACGGCAUUUAGUGCGCCUGCCAGACGGACCUUCGCACGAAAUAAAGGUAUCCCUCACCAUCGCUCGCAAACAGCGACGGCAGGGAGCGACCCAAUGGAACCCAUCAUCGGAUUGGGACCAAUCGGUCUCAUCCCCAUCGGGAGGCACAUCUGUACCACCCUCCCGACGGAAGCGUUGUGGGAUCACCACUCGGACAUUGUCGCGGGGUGGGGUUGGCUGCGAAGCCAGACUGGGCCGGCGAAGCCGGGGGCGCGAAGGCGAAACAACAUCCUCCUCGGAGGAAGACCUGCCAAAAAGACCACUUCAUUAGCUACUGCGAACCAAAACACGCACCGGGUCGGUGCCUGA